AGUUGUAGUCAUCCGUCCGCGCGCCCGUGUAUUCGUUGCUGCGGCGGGCCGCACCGCAGUGAGAUUUAUUAACUUUCAUUUAUUUUCCGCGAUGGGUGGAUUCACAUGUUGUGUUCCUGGAUGCUUCAACAACAGUUCGAAACGAAAGGGCCUCGGAUUUUACGUGUUCCCGAAAGAGACGAAGCUUCGGCAGCUUUGGCUGCAGCGUAUCAACAGAGCUGGACAGCGUGGCAAGUUCUCAAAGUUCGUGCCCACAACAGGCCACAGAGUUUGCGGCGAACACUUCGAAGGAGGGAAGAAAACGUAUAUGGUUCGGGUACCGACAGUCUUUCCACUUAAGCAAAAAAUUAUAAAGAAGCGUCGACAAAUUCAAGUGAAGCGCACUCUACCUGCCAACCGUGUUGAAGUGCAACAGCCACACAGCGAGGAAACAUCAAAUGAUGAAAACAGCACCGACUUGUGCAGUGCCACUGAGAACACUGCUUGUGAUACAUUCGAAGAACACUCAUAUACAUAUCAUGAGCACAAUGAAAAUGAUCUGCUAAAGAGGCAGCAAGAAUCCAUUCACCAUCUUGAGCAGGAACUAGAAAAAGCUAAAGCAGUAAUUACUGCAUUGAAGAAGGAGUUAGAGGAGAAAACAAAGGCUAAUGCAGAUUCAGCAAGGCUGUAUAACCGCCUUCAGCAAAAGAACAGAUGUUUGGUGCUUGAAAUAUCACGUUUGAGUGGUUGCCUCAGAAAGGCCUCCAAAACAAAAGAAGAACAGA